AUGAACGAGGUGGAAGACGGACAACAAGAUGACACAGUCGACGUGGUACGUGAUGUUCUCCUUAAGAGAGCAGAGGCCGAAGCUGCUCAAAUCGAAGCUGAAGAAUGCUGUAAAGAAGACUUGGAAACGGACACUGUUGUUUUGGAUAUUCUUACCGAGCGGCCCGCUUUGGAAGCUGCACAGUUUGAAAAGGAUGAAGAAACUGCCACGAGCAGAGAUUUGAAAUUGAAGAGCCUUAAUCUCAGCCAAAGCAAAAAGCCAGAAAAGGAAAAGUUCCUGAACAUGUCGGCUGGUUUGGCAGUUGCAAAAAAAGAUCUCCAUCAAGACACCAGUGAGACCAGAGAAGAAGAAAUCAUGGAAAUUGUGGCAGGUCAGGUCAGUUUGGCAGUCGCUCAACGUCUUAGUAAUGCCAAACAAGAUCUCCAUAAUAAAGAAAAACCAAGCACGUAUACUGACGAAAACAACCUUAUGGAAAUAGCCGCAGAAAUCAAUGAAGCUUCCAAGCUGGGAAAAUUUGCCAAUGCCGCGAACAAUCCAUCCAACAAACAAGAAACUGCGCUUGGGAGGGAACAACUCAAUAGUGUACCAGCAACAGAGGCUGUCCCACAACCUGCCUUGCGCCCAAGUACACAGAUGCGUCCUCAAUCUCAGCCAGGUGCAUUCCCGAAUGCACCAGGAGGACAGAUGCAACGAAACCCCAACUUAAACUAUGGCCUUGUUGGUGCUAAUUCGGGCACUGCCAGUGAUCCAGAAGAUGCCAGUGUUGGUAUGGCAGGACAGAUAUCGACAAAUGAAGGUUUGGUACAAGCUAAUGCUGUAGAGGAUGAUACGGCCGAAUUGAUGCAUGCCAAUCCGGUCGAUCUUGAAGCCACCCAGCAUCGGGCACUUCAAAAGAAGCAGCAACAGAAAACUUUCUUUGCAGCAGCUCUUUGGUUGUUGCUGGUUGUUGCCAUUAUUGUGGGAUUUGUGGUGGGAACCCAAAAGAACAAGGAGCCAAAAGUGGUUGUCCUUGAGUCAACGGAGGCUCCAACAGUUUAUGGCUCCAUGCAACCCUCUGAGGUCCCGUCCAUGGCUCCCACUGGUUCUCUGAACGUGCUGUUGGAUAGCCUACCCGAAUAUACUUUGGCCAGCAUCAACAAUGGUAGUGAGACGCCUCAGUGGAAAGCAUGGUGGUGGCUAGCCAAUCACCAAAACAUCACAUUUCUUCCAGAAUGGAGAAAGACACAACUAUUCGCCCUUGCAACAUUCUUUUUCUCCUUUGAGGGAGAAAGUUGGAAUCAUUUAAUCAAGGAUCGAUGGAUGGAUGACACAGUUGAAGAGUGUGACUGGUUCUCCAGUGGGUUUGGGCUUUUCAUUGAUGAGACAUAUGUUGAAUUUCAAAAUCUCUUUGUUUUUGUGUCAUUCCCAGUCACUCCCCCCUGCGAUAGCCAAGGACAAUUCACAUCGCUUGAUUUGCAAGACCUGCAGCUCUCUGGUUUCCACCCAUCUGUGCCACCAGAGAUUGCACUGUUGACUUCCUUAUCACAUCUAGCCUUGCAGAGCAAUGGCAUCGCUGUUCCAUUUCCGUCUCUGCUGCCAGCAGAAUUUUACAGCUGCACUUCUUUGACCUCCGUGGAGUUGGCUGCGAACCUGUUGUCGGGCCAAAUGCCCACUGAGUUUGGACUCAUGACAUUAUUGGAAAUGCUUAAGCUCAAUGACAAUCAGUUAACUGGGGAAAUUGCCUCUGAGCUUGGGUUCAUGAUCUCAUUGGACAGUCUUGAAUUGCAUCAUAAUGACCUGACCAGUGCACUGCCUUCUGAGGUUGGAAAGUUGACUGCUUUGGAGUGGCUGAAUUUGGGAUACAAUGAAUUGGCAGGCCAACUGCCUUCUGAGCUUGGGCUCCUGACCUUAUUGAUCCAACUAAAGCUUCAUGAUAAUCAGCUUACCGGUUCACUGCAUUCCGAGUUUGGAAUCCUGACCUCAUUGAAGUACAUCGACCUUUUUCGAAAUCAGUUCACUGGUGCACUGCCUUCGGAGCUCAGCCUCGUGACCUCAUUGGAAGAGCUUCGCCUUUAUGACAAUCAAUUCACCAGCACAAUCCCAAUGGAAGUUGCCAUGAUGACAUCUUUGACAUCUUUGGGCCUUCACAAUAAUGACCUGACAGGAACACUGCCCAGUCAACUGAAUGCAUCUAUGGGAUUGAGACUAUAUGGGAAUCAGUUCUUAGGGAGUGUUCCAAGCCAUCUUUGUUCUUUUCUAUUUUGUGAUUGUUCCCUAAAUGAAACUCCUCCUGUUUCCACCUGUGCUGACCUAAAAGAAGCUCCACCGGAUUGGCCUGGACGAUUUCCAACCACAGGUUCUGAUGUCAUGCUGAACAUCUACACUGAUUAUUUUCCAGAAGAAACAUCAUGGGUUUGGCAGAAGGAAACAAAUGUGACAGGUACUUGGGACACAUUGUAA